UUAUCGAAGAAUGGAAAUCAAUUCCCAAAGAAAUAUAUCAGAAUUUAAUUAAUUCUAUGCCUUCUAGAAUUCAAGCAGUUAUUUCUGCUAACGGCAUCAAACUAACAAUUCCUCUUAAUUUUAAUUCUAAGCAGGAAAUAACAGAUAACUUAAUAUACGAACCUUAUAUUUAUAAGAUAUCGAAUGAAGAAAGUGGAAAUGAGACUCCUCAAAUUGCUGAUUCUCAAAAUAAGACUACUAACUUUAUUAAUAUGAUGAAAAUCUAUUAUUGA